UCAAUCUUCUUUGGACCAUCUCAACAUCUCAAUUGAAAGAAAAAAGUCAAUUCCUCCUUCCGCCGCUGCAUUAUUUUUUCCCGUGGACUUAUAGCCAUUGAGGGAGAGGUCAAACUUAAACGUCGAAGGCUGGAAUCCGUAGUCCAAGUCCAUACUCCAUAGCUGUCCUGUGAGAGUGUGAGCUCCCUCGGCUUUGUUUCUCAUUCCCUCCUUGAUUUUCCCCACUUGAAAAUUAGUUCGACGAUGCCUUCACAAUUUACAGCCUAUCAUCAUUUCUUAGCUUAACCUACGCAGUCCCGACCCACCAAAAUGGAGGCCUCUUUCGUGUCCAAAGCUAGGACUGCCUUUCAUUCAGCUGCUGCUAAAGCGGAAAAAGUCUUUGCGGACAUCAAAAAAUCUGAUUCCGUUGCCGAUCGAGCAGGGGAAGAUUCCGAUAGACAAUCGCCGAUUGCUUCGACGCCGGAUUCUGUGAGUAGCAAGGACGAAUCAAAGAACAGCAGUGAUGCAAGGAAUUCGAGGAGGAGACCGGCUCCGAUAAAGACAAAGCACGACUGGCAGGAGAGGUUUAGAAACUUAAGGAUAGGAAGAAGAGGUGCUGAGGAAGCUGACAAAGCUGAAAAUCCAACAAUGGCCUAUGCACUUUUUGAUGAGAAUAUAUGCUUCGCAAGUGAGAGAGAAGUGAAGGACUCAAAGAUGAAUUCAUUGGCUGAAGAUUCGAAUAUCUCAAAUGAAGACAUUAUUCCUGCUACAGCUAUUAUGAGACAGCUUGCAGUAGCUGUUGAGGCCGCUAAGAAAUAUAAUUCAUUGAAGGAUCUCCAGGCUUCAUCAAGAGACUCUUCACCUGUGAGAGAGAGGGCUGCGUUGGGCUUCUCAGCAAUGAAGUCUUUAGUACUACGGGAAAAGGAUGAUAAGUUCAUCAAUGAGUUUGGGUCGGAUGAGAAAGUAGUCUCUCUGAUCAAGUCACUACUAGAUGCAGAAGGACAUUUUCCUGGGAGGAAAGGUGACCUUGGCGAAGGAGAAUUUAUCACUGUCUCAUCUCUGACUAGAGAUAUUCAUGGUGCUCCAGCUGAAAGUUUUGUUGUUAAGCUCUCUGAAGCAAUUGGAAGCUUGAAAACCCUGCGGAAAAUGUCAUCCUUUUGGUGUAGAGUUGUCGCUGAACUUAGAAGACUUUGGUCUGAAGGGCAGUAUAUUCCUGGCAUUCCACCAGAUGAAGUCCCAGACUUGAAUUCAUGUCUUUUGUAUCAGCAGUUACAGGUCAUCAACUGUUGUAUUUCCAGAAAAAGACGUCGUGCUAUUGCAACUGAAUCAUUAGAUUCAGUCUUAAGACAAGCUAGCCCAACUAUCGACAAGUCUUCUGAUUCUGAAAGCUUAAAUGCUUUAAAUUCUGUCUUAUAUGCAAGAACUAGCACUGAGGAACUUGUUCUUCGAUUAGGGGCUGAUAAAAAAUUUGAUAACUUGACAAUGCUGGAAACUGGUGAACCUGUUUUUACACCUGUCACCCAGGAGGCACCUUUGCUAACGGAAGAUCUUAUCAAAGAAACAGAAGAGUUUGUGCUGCGAACUGGAAGUGUUGGUGCUGGUUGUUCGCAACUUCUGUCUGACAUGCAGGCUUUCAAGGCAGCAAAUCCAGGUUGUAUAUUAGAAGAUUUCGUAAGGUGGCAUUCACCCCCCGAUUGGAUGGAAGGUGACAUUAACGAUGAAGCUGAUGAAACAUCUGAUGGUGGUGAUUUGUUGUCAACGAGAGGUCAACUUAGUAGGAGGAUGCAAAAAGAAGGUAAUUUAUGGCGGGAACUGUGGGAAACUGCAAAACCAAUACCUGCAAUGAGACAGACUCCCCUCUUUGACGAGGAUCUUGCUGUGGAAGGUAUUCUUAAUAUCUUGGAGGACAUCUCACCUUCUGAGCUUUUUGAACAGCUGUUUAUUUCUCUUCUGGGUUCAGGGCUUGUAAUCGCUGAGUCUACCCUCUCAACAAAUUUAGAUCUGUCAAAGCUAUUUAAUGAAUGCAAGGACUAUAUUGUUGCCACUUGUCAAAGCGGCAGCUGGCUUGAAAAAAUUGAUGAUAUAUGCCAGGUGUAUGAAACAGUCGAGGCAAUGUUGCUAAAUCCACAUGAAGCUACAAAAAGUACAGUUCCACCCGAAGAAACAACACCUGCGGGUGAACUGAAAAACCAGUUCAAAAGGCUUAACUUCAUCUUUGGUAGCAAAGAUAGGCAGUCACAAAAAGACAAGAAGAAUAUGGAGGAUAACCCAACCCGCCAACCAUUCUCAUCAAUAUUCUCAAAGAAGCCUCCUAAGCCAAGUAAUGGAUCGUCAGCUGACAAAGCUGCUGGUUCUGUAGAUAAUGACUGGACAAUUGUGUAAAUUGUAUAUAUUUUUGGGAAUUGGCUAAAAGCAAUGCCCAGAUGCCAUCUUUACUGAUUUUUUCAAGGGAUUAGAAAUGGAAAACGUAGGAGUUAGAUAUGAC